AUGGAAAUCGGCGCAUUGCAAUUCUCGCCGUGCAUGUCGCAAUUGAAAUCAUUACGCACGACCUCUGCAGUGAGGACGAGGGUUUGCGGGACGUUGAGCUCCAGUAAAGCCCUCCCCAACAACCGGCGUGUGCUGGGUGAUGUCAUUAAAAGGGCCCCCGAAGCCCCACCAGGGGAAGCAACCCCUCCACCUUUUCCAGUGAAUCCUACGCCGCAGCAGAGCCGUCAAAUUUCAGGUGAACGCCGUUGGCAAAUGUCAAUCCCAGGCGCAGUGUUGGACCUGCACGCAUUGAGGCAUUGGCCCGCACGCCAAGGAAGGCCGGCGCCUCGCGAAUGGCCUUCACAAGGUGCCACGCAGCAACGGCAGACCUCCCAGCGGUGCGCCUCCCCUCAACCAGAGGCGGGGGCGGUGCGGGCGGGUAGUCUGUUUAACUUUUAG